AUGGGAAACUUCUCGGAUGCUCCAGCCGCGGAACCGACAGUUGCUACCACUUUAAUCACCUCAACUGUCGAAGCCGUCACUGAACAUUCUGGCGGUCUGGGUGGAGGCGCAGUUGCUGGGAUUGUUAUUGGAGUUCUGGUACUCCUCGCUCUCAUCGCCAUCGGCAUCUUUAUCGGCAUGCGCUACAUGAAGGACAAGCGGAAAAACCACGGCGAAUACCGGCCACAAUGGGAAGAGGAACACCACGCCAAGGACCUGCCCCACAUCCCGCCCCCGAAUAUCGAGGGUUUGAUC